AUGGUCGAUUAUGAGUCACAGGCAGAAAUUUUGAACUCUGCAUACCAAAAGGCCAAAGAAAGAUACAAGUCAGAAAACUCAAACAAAUCUUCAGCAUCAAUCAUGAGUUCAUUGAAGAUUGAACCGGAUAUCAACAAGAAAAUGAGAGAUAAGAUUAAUCUAUCUUGUGAGAAAGUCAACAUUCAACCUUGGAAAAACAAAAACAAGAGGCAGAGAUUGAAAGAUUAUCCAGAAUCGACUAUCAAAACGUUCUUUGAAAUGUGGGGGAAGCCGACUGUUUCAUCCUGGGAAAACAGUGGUUUUGAUAUGGGAUUCAUGUUGAAACUAGCUCUGAUUCUUAACUUGGAUCACAAGAAAUCCCACUUUGGAAUCUCACCAACUUAUGAAGACAAGGAAUUCUAUGUAGAUUUUAUGCACAUGAGGCUGGACCAAAAGAAAUUAUCGAUUGUUGUCGAUUCUGUCUACAAAAUACUUGGGAAAGAGGAAGGCACACGACGAUUGGAAGCAUUUUGUUACUACCUGAAACAGAAUACAAUCUCAGCAUAUUGGAGCUUUUUGAAGCAAAAAAAGAAAUUUGACUGGUUUCGUGAAACAUAUUAUGGGCUUAACUUUGGGCUUUCUGAAGAACCUGGCUUGGUUCUUGAAUUUCCCGCCCCUGCUUCAUGGUCAAAGGCUUUGCGUCGAUUUGACACUAAAAUGGAUUAUACCCAAGAGGAUUUAGCCAUUAUAUAUGGAGAUCAGGAAGGCUUGAAGAAAUUAGAACUGGUCAACUAUAUAGACAAUUGUCCUUACGAUGACACCUGGUGGAGAUCAAUCGACCUUGAAUCGGCAGUGGUGCACUUUGGAUUGGAUCCUUUGAUAAUCUUGAAGAUAGGAAACUCACUUCAAUUUGGCUCCCGGGAUCUGUUGGACAAUGACAAGCAUAGAAUUCCACUAGAGGAAGCAUUUCUCACCAUUCUGAAUAUCAUUACAAAACCCAGAACUCUGCCUUGGAUUGAAUCUGCAGAACGUGCCUGGAUUUACAGCGUCUUUGGAAGCUUAUAUCCAGACCGAUUGAGGGAACUCGGCUACAUCAUUCUUUCCAAAAACGUUUUUUUGGAAAAUCAAACAAAACAAGCGAGUGGGUCUGAUUUGAUUUGGAGUGACCUUGGUCUUGAAAUACGGGAAUCCCCUUCUGAAUUAAUACCCGAGAACGCCAAAGAAGCAAUGCAGAAAUAUGAGAAGAUAUCAGGGCCUUUUUCAGAGUAUUCAAAGAUUGCAAUCUCGAUCUGGAUCAGGUAUUUCUGUGGCAAUCCUCCUUAUGCUUCCCAGGAAGUAAAACAAGAGAAAGACAAGAAUAACUUCUCAUCAAGGCUUCAUUUUAAAUCGUGA